GCCGAACUCUGCGUGGCAUUGCUGUAUCGUGUGGCUGCACUUGGGAGCAACAACGUGCAGUGCCACCUGCACCAUCUGUGGCGCCAAGUGUCGCUCCUUCAGAUGCUGCUUCGCAUGUUUCUGGUGGUGGGCAGGCACAAGCACUUGGGCAGCAGCCAGGGCUGGCACAGGAACCUCAAUACGGCCCCGGACUUUAUCAAGAAUGUGUACGACACGCGGGCAGACUUCACCUGGGCCUUUGCUGGCUUCAAUCCGUUCCGGUCCAGCUUUUUCCCUGAGGGCCGCAGGAACAUGGCCAUGAUCGAGAAGUCCUUUUUCUGGGAGCGUUUCAGCCCUGAAGUUGUCGCUCAGUUCACAGAGUGCGGCAUCAAGCUGAGUGUGCUCCACACGCUGCUGACGAGAACAGAGGAGCUCAGCCUCAUGCGAGAUGUUCCACACGGGAACAGGCAGUUUCCGUGGCCAGCCAGGGGAGGCCCGGCCAUGGUCACGCAGCGUGCCUUUGUCCUCAAGGGCGAUCUCACCACCAGUGGCGACGAGUGGAUCUUCAACAGCAAGCGCGAAGUGCCUCUUUUAUGGACAGGGGACACCAAGGAGGAUUUCACAUUGCCGAUGCACAAUGGCAACCAUUCGAGCUGCAUCUCGCCCGAUGCACCCGCUGGACCGCGGGUGUUCAGUUUGCCUUGUGGAAUGGACGCGCUACUGAGCGGGGCCGUGUUGGUGGUGGCCCAGGUGCCCGUGAGCGUGAAGGAUAUCCACGUCCACAGGGAGGACGACGGGGAGGAGGAGGAGGCACACCACGCAGUCAGCAGGCCGAAGAGCAAGCUGAGGACUUUGCCAAUGCCGGUGAUCCUUGGGCAGAUGCUCAGUGACUUCUUGGACAGCAGCCAUAGAUUGUUGAGCAUCCAAGCAGAUACCUCGCCCAGCACGACCUUUUCUGUGGAGGGAAAAACUUGUGUGCUUCAGCUGAGCCAAGUUCAAUUUCCUCUCAUGGCAUGGCGCAUGCAGACACUUGGCUUCACUUCUGGGGUGUCUUUGGCAGAGCUUGGUCUUCAGGCCAGGGCAGGCAAAGUGGAUCAAGCGGAACUCAAGUUGAUCUAUUUGCCUUCAAAGUUGCUGCAGUGGGUGGAUGGCUGGGGUCGAGAUCUGCAAAGACGUGUGGUUGCUGCAUUGGCUGCAGCCUUUGCAGAGGUCCAAGGCAUCGAGCGAGUGCUGCCCGAAAUUCUUGGGACUUUGGGGUGUGGCGGAUUGUAUCGUGGGCCUUCCUUCGAACAAUUCGUGGGUUGGCUCAUCCUAGGUACAAAGCUUAUUGCCUACUAUUGCCCAGUGCAACAUGUCACAGAUAACUUGCUUGCCCAGCACUUCCUGAAGAAGGCUAAGGAUGCGAAAAAAAUGGGCCUAGCAGAGCUUGUCUCCAGCUUCUUCAAGGUGACCAUCCAUCCCAACACAGAUAUUGGCAGCUUUUCAUUGGGCGAUGCUUUGAAAUUUAUUGGGCAGUUCAUCGAUGCAACCCUGGCCUCCACCAUUGUCUAUGAGGAGGGGGAGUGGACAGUGAACCCAGACCAGAAUGGCACAGAUUCCAAAGCUUUCCGCGCCUGGUGUAGUAUGUCCAUUGAGGAUGCCACUGAGAUGGUUCGUGAACAUGUGGCAGAAGCUGAAGGUCACUCUUUGAAAGUGAACGGCUUACUGAAAAAGGUGGAGCCAGGUAUGGCGGUAAGUAACUGGGUGGAUGACGAGCUUCCAGUUUUGGACGAGGAGAUCCAAAGCAGUGCUCGCAAUCAGAGGCAGGCAUGCUCCUUGCCUGAUACUCCUGCAUCGCAGAUGCAAUCGUUCUGUUCUCUUUGCACAUUCCACCCGGCGUAUGUGGAUGCUGUGGCUUGUUUGAGAAAGGAGACAGUUAGGAAGCUCGGGGCAGCUUUGUCUGAUGCUGACACUCCAUCUGCCCAGCAGUUGCAGAAGAAGAUCUCUAUGGAAAGGAUUGGCCCUGCACUGCUUGAUCCAAGUGUUAUGAUCUUCCAGCUCAUGGCCAGGGAGAACAUUCCAUCUGUGUUGGGCAGUGGGAAGCUGACGGCCAACAAAGACAUGUCCUACACAUUACGCAGGAGCUUCGGUCCUCACCAGUUGGCUCCAGGAAUGAGCUCAGAGUUUUGGAAGUUGGAAGCGCAGCCCCUGGGAUCAGAUUUGCAGUCUUGGUCCCAGGUCGAAAGUCCAAGCUCCUGUUUCAGCUUGGUGUUGAGUCUGGCAAUGGUCAGCAAGUCCCGCACAUUUCGGGGCGAAGCUGUUCGAGCUGGCUUGGCCCCAAAGGUUCGCAAGCCUUUUGUCCUCUAUGUGGUGGAAAACCGUUUGGUGAAGCCAAGCGCUACAAAAUCUCAAUACCAGGCUGAGCUGAAACGUUUGGGGCAGGCUUGGAAAAGAUUUGCACCAUGCCAACGGGCACAGUACAAUGAGCGCAGCAUGGCAGAGUUUGAGGCUCAAAGGCAAGCAGUCAUGUCUGCUCGGGAGAAGAGAAGCAAUGACAAGGGGCAGGUGUCCAAUGUCCCUGUGUUUGGCGAAUUUUGGCUGGGCCCCGACAAGGUGAAGAAGUCAGGACACAAUGGCUUCAGUGCUGUUGCUGGCCAAGGAUCCUAUGGAAAAGUACUCAUUGCCCGUGGUGAGUGUGGACGCCUGCAUGCUGUUAAAGUCUUGUGUGGCAGAGAUGCCAUUGCAGAGGCUGAGCAUGAAGUCGUGCUAUACCAAUCCCUGCAGGAGCUGAAAGAUUGCGAUCCUGCACCGUGCCGCGAGCUAGCGCAGUUGCAGCUGAUUGACAUGGGCAUGGCUGCGGCAAUCAAG